CGGUUCUCGUUCAGUUCGUAAAGUUUAGUUCUGUGCUGUGGUCGCUGGUUGCUUGCGCGUCGCGCCGGUUUUUACCGCCGUUUCUUCUCUUAUUUUAAAAAGAAACAAAUAAAAAGUUAUCGCGGCGACUCGAAGUUGUAUGAAACUGAUUUCAAGUUUACCGGCGAGAGGAUUAUAACAACGAUUUGACUCGACAGUGUUGUUUACUGCUAUCAAAAUACAAAGAAUAACAAAAUGAAGUUCUUACUAUUGUUGGCUAUUUUAGCGGUUCUACAUAAACAAGCUUGGUGUAAACCAUUGACGGAAGAAGAUGAAGACGACUAUACCUUACAAAAUGAUGACUAUCCUGACGAUUAUGAUGACGAUUCGAAUGGCGAUGAAGAUAAUGAUGAACCGGACGAAAUGCCAAAAUUCAUCACGAAACCAUUACAUCUUUCCGUGAAGGCACAUUCGGAUAUUUCGCUGCCAUGUGAUUUAUCCGGAAAUACCGCUACUUAUACGAUUAUGUGGAAGAAAAACAACGAAAUCAUCUUCCAAGAAAAGCACAUUUUUACAUCGUUCGAUGCUAAGAAGUUUGCCCUCGUAAAUACAACGACAUUAACUAUCAAAGAUGUAGAUGCAUCGGACUCUGGGGAGUACUCGUGCGUAGUUAUCAUUUCAUCUGAUAAGGAGGAAGCGCUGAAACAUACAUUGACAAUUCAAGGGCCAGCGAAAAUUACUUCCUUGACAGCAGACAAAAGCGGAACAGAAUAUAAAGCGGGUGAUACGUUGGAAUUGACCUGCUCCGUUGCCGGAAAACCAGAACCGAAGAUCUCUUGGUCUUUACAUGGUAAACAUCUCGGUACCGGAUCGAAAUUGAUCAUUGAUAAUAUUGGUCACGCCGAUUCUGGAGAUUAUCAAUGCAUUGCUGAUAACGGAAUCGAUCCAGUUAGUCAUCACUCUAUCAACAUCAAUGUUAUGUAUGCUCCGAUUAUUGAAUUGGAGAAGGCUACCACAAACUUUAGAAAUGAUGAGUACGAUAUUGACUUGCGAUGCAAGGUGCGCUCAAAUCCACCCGCUAUUGUUGUCUGGAGGAAGGACGGCGAGGAGAUCAAGAAAGAUAGCCGAAGGAAGAACAACGUGCACAUUUUGAAAUUGGAGAAGGUGGAUUCUAAACAGUUUGGUAAAUACUCGUGCAGUGCUGUUAACCAGGUUGGCAAAAACGAGCAACAUGUGAUGAUUACCAACGCGCCGAGCAAAGCUGAAUAUAAAGGCGAACAUGAUGUCCACGGCAAAGAGUUAAAUAUGACAUGGCAGGUGGAAUCUAUGUAUCCUAUCACCGAGUAUUCUUUGGAAUACAAGAAGGCUUCUGCCAGUGAAUGGAAAGAAGAAAAACCAGAAGUUACUAACUCUGAAUCUGGCAAUCUAUAUGUCAUCAACUAUAUAUUGAAGAAUUUAGAAGGUGGAGCAUAUGAAGUGCGAGUGAGGUCUAAGAAUCAAUGGGGAUGGUCAGAAUAUUCCAAAACGACGUUCAAAGCACACAAUGCACAUCACGGACACAAACAACCAAAAGAUCAGCACAAAAACAAACCCAUUAGACCCAAUGAAGAAGAUAAUAACAUUGCUAUUGAAACACGUGUAGAAGGUUCAAGAACUUCUUCUUCAUCUCAAUUCCUUCCAUCGACAUCACUGCUAUGUCUAGUUGCCUUCACACUCUUCAAUAGACAUUAAUGUUUGCCAAUGGAAAUAUACGACAAAAGGAAAUUCAAUCGAUGUUCAAACGUAUAUAAUUGAAACUUCUUGCGCUAAAUGUACGGCAAGAAAUUGAUCAACAUUUUAUAUUUCGAAAGGAACGAACCAAACCAAAGUAUUUUCACGUUUUGCUAAGUUGCUAGCUUGCUAUGAUAAUUUGCGUACAUCUAUUUUGUUCUUCAAUACUAAAUGAUUCAUGAAAUUUGUAUAUAAAUUAGACUGACACAGGAUUUUAAUUCAGCAACUCUGAAUGAGUGUUUUGUGAAAAUAAUUUAAUUUAUUUCGAACGUUAUUUAUCACAAAUGUUAUUUAUCAAUUCAAUUGCACCAUAUUAGAGUUUGAAAAAUUUGAUAUCUGGAAUUAUCAGCUAUUCGUCCAAAAACAAUUAUUUUUUAACUAAAUGCUUAUCAAUUUUAUAUAGUUAAAAGAUCUUUUAGUCGCGUUAAGGUCGGGAAUUGAGGUCGGAUUCAUUAGGAGUAAAGUUUGUAGUACAACAUUUAACAACAUGUUGUUAAAGUCAUUACAUAUUACAAUCAGAUAAAUCUAUAAGGGUGUCCGCGGAUUAAAUUUUACUACAAAUUGCAUUACAAGAUGAAGAACACCUUUAAGUUGAUACUUAAUGGAUAGAAUGAAUCGCAUAGGUCGUAAGUAGCGAUUUAUUUUAAAUUCAGUUAACAUAGUUUAAUGUUACAGGAUUAAUGAAGAUGAAAACAAAGUUGCUAAAUGUGUGCUUGUAAAUAAGAUUGUAUAUUAUUAAUAAACUGUAACACGAAGGUGAAUGAUUGAUGCUACACACGAAAUGAAAUUAUACUUGAUUUAAUAUUUAAGUUAUAAAUAUUAAGGUUACCUAAUUGACUGGCGAAAGAAUAUGCCCAAAAACCACGAUAAGUUCAAUAUUAUUAAUCCAUACUAAUGUAUAUUAUUUUGUGUUCAUUAUUGCAGCUUGUAAAUUAUUGUAUGCUGUACAUUUUAACUUGUAAGUAACGCCAUAUACCAUCAGAUUUAAUAACAAAAUGAAACGAGUUGCAGUUCUGAACACCAUUUGAUCAGUAUUUCAUUGAAUAUGUGACGUACGUUUAAUAUUUCAAUAGGAAUUAUUCAAAAGAACAUUAGAUACACUCAACCAAUUUAUGCUGUCUUAUAGUUUGCACAUUGUAUUUACAUUUUAUGUUUAAAUAUCAUCAUCAAUUGUUCAAUGAAUGCCAUAAUACUUUUAAUUACUUUUUAAUGCAAUUUAUUUUACAUUCAAAUGUCUAAAUAUCCACAAAACUGCUUUUAGAAACAUGUAGUCGCAUUGUUUAGUUAAACAACAAACAUAUUACGUUUUGGUGACAAUGAACGUAGACCACAUUAAUUUCUAAGUAGUAUUCUUUGUGUAGUUAGUAGAUCGCAAUGUUCUAAUGUAAAUAUUUGAUUAAUAAUAACUUUAUGUUGUAUCUGAAUUUUAGUUUUUACCUACACAUAGGCGUUGCAUUAUUAUAUGACACCUGUUUAAGAAAAAUAUCAAACUUAUGAAACAGAAUAUCCAAAAACCGAUGACAACAUAAUCUUAAAUACUUGUAUACUAGUUGCUUCCGAAACACAAGCUUCCAUAUUUUCGUCAUUGUAAGACACGUGUUGUAAUAGUUACAUUAACAUUUUGUGUCACAUAAAUAUGUGGACAUGUUGACUUAUUCAGGAUGCCUUACACUUAACUUAUACAAUAUGAGAAUGCUUUUCAGCUACGUAGUAAAGUGGAUAGAAAUUUAUCUAUGUAUAUUCAAUGAAAACUAUUCUGAUAUCCUAAACCUCUACAAAUUCGUAAAUACUUACACAUAAUAUAUCUAUAAUAUAUUUUUUUGUAAAACGGUUUUUAUAGAUAUUAAUAUUUAUGAUAAAAAUACAAUAUCUCAAGUACUGGAUGGUUAACAAAUUCGGAAUUGAUUGUGAACAUGAAAUGGCAAUUGUUUCGUUAGAAAAACACACAAAGUUUGCUAACAUAACAGGAAAAAGGGGAAAAGAAAUAUUGUAAUGUGCUUUCACAUUUACAACUUUAAUGUUUUCUAAAUUAUUUCAAAUUGUAUGUAAAUGUAUAGAAAUAAAAACAGUGGAUAAUGAA